AUGAAAAGAUCGAGAUCGGAUGAUUAUCUUGACGACACCAGUCGACAUGAGACUGAUACAAAUUUUGCUGAAACCGACACAGAAUUCACACCUAAUGCCACACCACCUAGCAAAAAAGGGCGACUAGGCAGUCAUCCUGAUGAAUCAUUUAAUCUUGCCGAAUCUGGUUUUGAGAGGAUCAAAGAAUCACAAUUGAAUGUGGAAGAUGCAAUGACUCAGGUUGAUGAUAAAUGGAACAAAAAACGGCGUAAAAGAACGAUCGAGAAAAUGACGCAGAUGCCAAACACAAGCGUACCUGAUGAUGAAAGUCCUUCGGAGGCAGGGGUAAUAGAAAGACUUGAACUAUUCAAUUUUAUGUGUCACCAUGCUUUUUCAUUGAAUUUUGGUCCACAGACUAAUUUUAUUAUCGGUAGAAAUGGAUCGGGUAAAUCGGCGGUGCUAACUGGUAUUUCAGUUGCUCUUGGUGCAAAAGCCACAGAUACAGAUCGAGGCAAUUCUUUGAAAUGUCUGAUUAUGCAUGGUAAAAACACCGCACGUGCAAUCGUCACCAUAAAAAAUCAAGGUCCUGAGGCUUAUAUGCCUGAAGAAUUCGGUGACAAAAUCAUCAUUGAAAGAACUCUCAGAGCAGAUAGACCACAUUCCCUGGCUAUUAAGAAUUCGAGAAACAAAACCAUCUCAACUACCAAAAAAACCGUGGACAAAAUCUUGGAGUAUUUUGGGAUUACAAUUGCUAAUCCAAUGACUAUUCUAACUCAAACUGAGGCAAAAACAUUUCUUGCACACUCCAGUGAUAAGGAUAAGUUCAACAGUUUUAUGGAAGGUACUAGACUGAAAGAAUCUUUUGGCAAUAUAAAACAUAUUGAACGAAAUGCAAAUGAAAUUAAAUUUACUCUAGAACGAAACCAAGCAGUAUAUGAGGAGCUGAAGGACAAAUUCAAAAAGGCCAAAAAGGUGUGGUCUUCAUUCAAAGAUUCUGAAGAAUUCUCCAGAAAGAGAGAAACUUUAUUUGGUAAGAAAAUAUGGGUCGAGUACAAGAAGCAAGAGAAGGCAAGUAGGCAGGCUCUGCGUGUUAAACAGAAUAAAGAAGAUGAAAUAGCAGACAAUCUGAAGAAAAUUGAUGUUGAGAAAAGUGAAAUAGCACAGAUGGAAAGUGAGUUACAAUUACUUGAAACUGGGGAAAUUGAAGAGAGUAGACGGAAAGUAGAAGAUUUGUCUCUCGAAAAACAGUCAACACAGGGUAUCGUUACAGCUCACCAAAGUGAAGUGAAAAAAAUUCAUAGUCAGAUAACACACAUUAAAUCUCAAAUUGACGAUGAUAACAGAAAGAUCCUGAAGCUCGAAAAAAUGAUUGCUGCCGAGAGAAAGAGAGCUGAGGAUUCAAAUGAUGACAAUAUUGACAAAUUGAAGAGAUUCAAGACGGAAAAAGAAAAACGUUUAGGCGAGCUGAGUAGUCAAAAAUUUGAGCUGAGCUCAUCCAUAGAUAUUCUCCGUAAUGAUCUGAAAGAGCUAGAUAAUAGAGCUAAGCAGGAACUUGGGAGUUUAAAUGGGGAAAUUCGAAACCUUGAAAACAAAGUCAGAAGUGCCAAGCAACAAGAAAGUUCAAACAGACCGGAAAAUGCAUUUGACAGCAAUAUGAAUAGAUUAAUGAUAGAUUUGCGUUCCCAAAGGUUCAAAAAUGAAAUAGUUGGUCCUCUAGGAAUGCAUAUCGAAGUCAAAAAAGAUUAUGCAAAAUGGGGGCAUUUAUUAGAAAAUAUUAUACAACGUCAACUCACAAUGUUUGUUGCUAGCAACCAUUCAGAUGUGGCUGUAUUGAGAAAUAGAUUUCGAUUUUUCAACAUUCAAAGUGAGAUUGCUAUUAGGCAACGUGAAGUAUUUGAUUAUUCACAUACGACCCCAAAAUCUAAAUACCCAUCAAUUCUUGAUGUUCUAAAAAUUGAGGAUGAAAGUAUCAGGUGCAUGUUAGUGGACACCAUGAAACUAAAUGCUACUCUCUUGGUUCCGAACAGAAUUGAAGCGCAGAGGGAGUUGGAAACUGAUAGUCAAGGUCUAAUCUCAUCGAUUUUUUGUUUGGUUGAUAAUAACGUCAUCCGAAUUUACAAAAGAAACAAUAGCUUGCAAACUGAUCCUUUUAAUCUCUCUCAAAGAUCACCUGCAAGGUUACGUAUCGAGGGCGAUUCUAUUGCGGGAAUUCUUCAAAGAGACUUAGAUGAACAACUGAAAGCAAGAACGGAAAAAGAAAAGGAGCUACAUCUGGCAAAACAAUCCAAGUCUUCAGAGAUCACUGCUAUGCAGUCCAAACUAAAUGAGUGUCGUACACAGACUGCGGAAAUAAAUCAGGCUAUCAAAAAAGUGGAAGCAAAACUAGAAAACUUAGAAGUGGGUACAUCUAAGCUAGAGUCGCUUGAAGAAGAAAAGGACAUUAUGGUUUCAAAUGUGGCUUUGAGUGUGCAAAAAUUAGAACCAUUGCAAGCACAGUUGAAUGAAGCCGAAAAAAAUGUCGAUAUCCAAAUCGACUUAUACAAGUCAAUUAGUGCAGAAUAUAAAAACGCUAAAAGCGCAUAUACAGAAAAAAUAAAACAACAAAAGUCACACUCUUCUUUGAUCGGAUUCAAAAAGCAAGCUAUCAAGCAUCACAUUUCUGACAACAUAAGGCUUUCUGAUGAUAUAAAAAAGUUGGAUGAAUUUUUGGAGUAUACUAAACAAGAGUUGGAAACUUUACAUGAACAGGCUUCUAAGUUUUGUUCAUUUGAUGAGGCACAGUUGGACAAAAGAACUACAAUCGAAUCAAUUGAUGCUGAAAUCAAAAGUAUUACCGAAUAUUUAGCCGAAAUUGAGAAUAGGCAAGGUAUUACUAAAGAACAAGCUGAACUCAAUCUUAUUAAGGCAAAUUCUGAGUUGAAAGAAAUACAUAAGAAGUUUGAAGACACAGUUAUACUACAUAAUCAACUUCACAAAGCAUUGGAAGAUAGGUUAAACAACUUGCUUCAAACCACAUAUUUGACGUUUCAGGAAGUCGAGUCUGUUUUCGUUCAAGCUCUCAAGAUAAGGCGUUUUAGAGGCAAAAUUGAAUUUAAUAUUAAAAAAGGGACUUUAACUCUAAAAGUUGCAACUAAAGAAACAGGACCUCUUCGUCCUGUCGAGUCUUUUUCUGGUGGUGAAAAAUCAUACAGCCAGAUUGCCUUUUUAUUUGCCAUCUGGGGACCAAUGCAUUCUAGAAUAAGAGGCUUAGAUGAGUUUGAUGUCUUCAUGGAUAAUGUUAAUCGUAGAAUUGCCUUAAAAUUAAUUUUGAACAAAGUUGCAGAAAACCCUAAAAGGCAAACAAUUUUUAUCACGCCACUCAGUGUGGCAAACAUUGAAGGAUUAGAUAGUAGCACUGUACACAUUCAUGAAAUCUCUCCACCAGAUAGAGCUAAUCUAUAA